AUGAGCAAAACUCACCAACCACAUCUUGAACCCAGCAAGUUGAAUGACACAUCUAGUGGCACGCCAGGGCUAAUUGCCAGUGAGCUUGUUGCCGAAGAAGAACUUCUUUUGCUGCACCCCAAUAACUAUAGCUCCAUCGCCGGGGACCUGGACUCUAUCGUUGCACCAAAAGAUGACGAUAAGGGCUACGCUUUAACAGGAGUGAAACUAUACACUUUCAUUACUGCCUCCUUAUUUGCUGCUUUUUUAAGUGCUUUGGAUGCCACGGUGGUAUCGACUUUAUUGGGGGUUAUAGCAUCGGAUUUGCACCAAAUUCCCAACAUGAGUUGGAUUGCAACUUCUUAUCUUUUGUCUGCAGCAGCGUUCCAGCCAUUAUACGGGAAAAUCUCUGAUAUUUUUGGCAGGAAACCCGUAUUGUUGGCGUGUUCUGUUUUUUUUGGAGUUGGAUGUUUCAUCACUUCCUUUAAAGACUUCAAGUGUGUGAUAAUUGGAAGAUUCAUUACUGGUAUUGGAGGAUCAGGAUUCAACGCGGUAACUACAAUUGCUAUGUCCGAUAUUAUUCCCUUGAGAGAUAGGGGUAUAUUUCAAGGCCUUGGGAAUGUUGCCUAUUCUAUUGGAGCAGCUUCUGGAGGUAUUUUGGGAGGUUUCGUCAAUGAUUGGCUUGGAUGGCAAUAUGUGUUCAGCAUCCAGGUUCCAUUGUCGAUUGGAAUUGGAUUGGUUUUCUUGUUCUUUUUUGUGUUACCUCCAGGUUCUCCAGGGUUAGGUUCACCAGGCCACGCUAAAGAGAAAUUGGCAAGAAUUGAUUUCUUAGGAUCCUUCUUUUUGGUGCUGUCUUUGGUGACGAUUUUAUUGGGCACUUCUUUGGCAGGCCAAUACUUUCCAUACAUUUCGUGGACGUUUGGUGGAUUAAUGUUGACUGCAAUUGUACUUUUAUUAGUAUUCGUGUACGUGGAGUUGAAUAUUGCCCCGGAACCAAUUUUACCAGUAAAGUUGUUGACCGACAGAACCGUUCUCAGUGCAUCGCUUACAAAUUGGUUUAUGACCAUGUCGUGCUUCACGUAUCUUUUCUACUAUCCAGUUUAUUUGACGUCUGUUAUCCAGUUACCUUCAAGUAAAGUUGGUUUGAGAGUGAUUGCCAAUUUUGUUGGUGUUUCCACUGGUUCUUUAGGAGCUGGAAUCUACAUGAAGAGAACCGGUAAAUACUAUGGAUUGAACGUGGUAGCAGUUGUUGCUUACUGGUUUGGUAUAUUGAGCUUUUUAUUUUUAACACCCCAAUCUUCUGCCAGUUUUCAAUUGGUGAUAACGUUCUUGCCAGGUUGGGGGUAUGCGAUUAUGUUGACGGUAUCAUUACUUGCGUUGAUCGCUGCAGUUCCUUCUAAAUUCCAGGCUGCUACUACAUCCAUCCAGUACACGUCCAGGUUCACUGGUUCUACUUUAGGAGUUUGCAUUGCGUCUGCAAUUUUCCAGAAAAUAUUGUACAACCAAUUGACAGCUGCCAUCCCUAAAGUUGUGAAUGAUGCUGACAAAGCGGCUGAAAUUAUUUCAAAUGCAUUAGCAGAUGCUGAAUACUCCAAAACCGUUUCUGACGCUAUAAGAUACAUAAUUGUUAUGUGCUAUGAACGUGCGUGCAAAGGGGCAUUUGCCUUUUCAUUCGCCACCGGUUGUCUUACGUGUGUUGUAACAUUAUUUAUCCGAGAGCACAAGUUGCACUCAAACCUUGAUAGAAACUAG